AAAUGAUGACCAUCACGGCAUUCAUUGCUUGCACAUAAUAUUUAGCACUGCUAGUAUCACCAAAUUUGGUCUGCUGUACGUUUGUAUGAAACAAUGCAGGUAACCUUACUCACCAGCAAGCCGGGUUCGAUUCCCCGCUCCUUCUCUCCAUCCAUCUCGAAGCACUCAGUAUAUGGAAGAGGCAGCGGCACCAUAAAAUGCACCUUUAAAAAUUUCGACCCUACAAUUCUCGAAAAAAUCAAAGAUUGUUCGUUGGGUGAACAUCCAAAGGAGGACCUUCUAUGGGAAAUAGGCAACGCACCGCUCAAUUUACUCACAUCUGCUGCGGCUGCAGUCAGAGAUAGGAGAGCAGACUCCAAUGUCGUUACAUUUUCACCUAAAGUAUUUAUACCUUUAACCAGAGCUUGCAGAGAUUUUUGCGGUUAUUGCACGUUUUCCCUGCCCCCAAAGUCAGGGCAGAAAAUAUAUAUGACGGCGGAGGAAGUUGUUGGGAUUGCUAGAAAAGGAGCCGAUGUGGGCUGCAGCGAGGCGCUGUUUACGCUUGGAGAUAAGCCCGAGCUUCUUUACCCUGCCGCCAUGCGUGAGCUGCAAAUGCUUGGACAUACUACAACCAUUUCAUAUGUGGUUGAAAUGGCAAAGUUAGUGCUUGAAGAGACUGGACUUCUCCCCCAUAUCAAUGCAGGAGUUAUUUCCCAUGCUGAGAUAGAAAGAUUGAGGCAGUUCUCUGUUAGCCAAGGAUUAAUGUUGGAGUCUGUUUCGCAGAAGCUGUUAGAGUUUGGAGGACCUCAUUAUAAUUGUCCUGACAAAGUACCAAAGAAUCGUAUUCAGAUGAUAGCCUUGGCAGGUGAGCAAAAAGUUCCAUUUACAUCUGGGUUAUUGAUUGGCAUUGGAGAAACCAGAGAAGAAAGAUUGCAAAGCUUAUUUGUACUUCGCUCGCUGCACCAAAAAUAUGGUCACAUACAAGAACUCAUAGUCCAGAAUUUUCUUGCAAAGGAAGGUACACGGAUGGAAAAUGCAACUGAACCCUUAUUAGAAGAACUUGAAUGGACUAUUGCCAUGGCUCGGUUGGCAUUUGGUCCAUUGAUGAGCAUCCAAGCGCCUCCAAAUCUAACUCCACUGAUGGAUGGCCUUGCCUAUGGAUCACACUGGAAGCGAUUGAUUGAAGCUGGAACGAAUGACUGGGGUGGUAUCUCACCAAUCACCAAAGACUGGGUAAAUCCAGAGGCUCCUUGGCCACAUAUACAAUACUUGGCUGAAGCUACUAUGGAGGCAGGGAAAGUUCUUAUUCCGAGACUUGCUGUAUAUCCAACAUAUGUGCGAAAUGCAGAAAUGUGGUUGGAUGGAAGGAUCAUGAAGUGGGUGCAGUCAGCUACAAACAGUUUAGGCUAUGCUCGAGCCGAUUUCUGGUCUCCUGGUCAGUCUGUAGAAGGCUCUUUCAAUUUUGGGUCUUCAUGUUUAUCCGAAAAGAUUUAUGGACAGGUUCUGGAAAAGGACAUGGAUGCAAAUAAAGUUGCAGAUAUCCCUACGGCAUUACAGAUGUCUAGAACAGAUGAAUCUACGAUAUCUGUUGAUUUUGAUGGUGCAAUUAUGGUUCCAGGAUCUAAAUGUAAAAGAGGUAAAAAGAACACAACCGUUGGAAUGAUAUUGGAUAAAGUAACAUCAGUGGAAGAGUUAAUGGAGGAUGAAAUCAAAACACUUUUUUCAUCAGUUGGAGGGGACGUGAAGGAUAUUUGUGCAAAAGCAGAUGAAUUGCGAAAUAAGAUCAAUGGGCAAAAGGUAACUUAUGUUGUGAAUCGUAAUAUCAACUAUACAAAUAUAUGCAGCUAUGGUUGUGCAUUUUGUGCCUUUAGCAAGGGCCAAUCCAGUGACAACUUACGUGGAAAACCAUACCAGUUGUCCUUAGAGGAAAUAGCUAGAAGAACAAUUGAAGCUUGGGAGAGGGGAGCAACUGAGAUAUGUAUGCAGGUAUUAGAUGAUGAAAUCAGAAGAUUGCUCUGUCCAGACAAAAUUACUUCAGAACAGUGGCUAGAGGUUAUUGAAACUGCACAUCGUAUUGGAUUACGAACCACUGCUACAAUUAUGUUCGGCCAUGUUGAUCAGCCUGCUCAUUGGGCAAAGCAUUUUAUUCAGAUUAGAGACCUACAAAAAAGAACUAACGGUUUUACGGAGUUUGUGCCACUACCGUUUGUUCAUAUGGAGGCUCCAUUGUAUUUGAGAGGAAAGGCUAGAAAGGGACCAACUAAAAGAGAGUGUAUACUAAUGCAUGCAGUUGCACGGCUUGCUCUUCACCCAUUCAUCACUAACAUUCAGGCCUCAUGGGUUAAAAUGGGACCAGUUGGUGCACAGUUCUUGCUAUCUGUGGGUUGCAAUGACAUGGGUGGCUCUCUUAUGAAUGAAAGCAUUACUCGUGCAGCAGGAGCUUCACAUGGAGAAGAAUUACAUCCUAUGGAAAUGGAGAGGAUAAUCAGUUCAAUUGGAAGAAUACCCCGACAGAGGACUACUUUGUAUGGAAAUGUUUCCCAUGCUCAAGUAGCAAAGUCUCUUUCUGCUCAUCCAAUGGCUAAUCGUCGAUAGAAACUCCCUUAAAACCCAGACAGCUGUUGGGAAGGGAAGUUUUUGACUAAGUGUCGUUGAUUGUGUCUCUCGUUGGUAAAAACUUCUUUUUUGAAUUGUUAGUUGAUGUCCGUAUUCAAUAUCCACGCUUUUGAUCCUUGACAUCCUAUUUUAAAGUGGAAUUUGACUGUUGUUCUGUUCCUAUACUCGCUCUUAGUAAUCUGUAUCCUGCAAUGUAAUGCUGACGUUCAAGCAUUAUUGUUUUGUAUGUUGACCUCAUGUACAAAAAACAAUUCGAGCUUUUCUAUAUCACAGCUUGCAUCAAGCUUCACGAGUUCUAAAUGUAUAUUUUCUACCA